GACCUAAAACCUUAUGAUCCAAAUUAAGGCUCCACAAUAAUAGUGUUUUUGGAUCAAUUGAUUACAAGUUUUCCUGUUCAACGAAAAAAAAAAAAUAACUAAAUAAACAUGGAUUGGUUAUUUGGUAAGAAAAUCUCACCCGAUGAGAUGCUGAGGAAAAACCAAAGAGCGCUUAACAAAGCUAUGCGCGACUUGGAUCGGGAACGUAUGAAAAUGGAGCAGCAGGAGAAGAAGAUUAUAGCCGAUAUUAAAAAAAUGGCCAAAGAGGGUCAAAUGGAUGCCGUAAAAAUAAUGGCUAAGGAUUUGGUGCGCACAAGACGAUAUGUGAAGAAAUUCAUGCUAAUGAAAGCUAACAUACAAGCGGUCUCACUGAAGAUACAAACUUUGAAAUCUCAGAAUACUAUGGCUGAAGCCAUGAAGGGAGUCACCAAGGCCAUGCAGAAUAUGAAUAGACAAAUGAAUUUACCUCAAAUACAGAAAAUUUUACACGACUUUGAAAAGCAAUCCGAAAUUAUGGACAUGAAAGAAGAGAUGAUCAAUGAUGCCAUGGAUGAUGCUAUGGAAGAUGAGGGCGAUGAGGAGGAAACUGAUGCCGUUGUUUCUCAAGUAUUAGAUGAGCUAGGCUUGCAAUUGGGAGAACAGCUAGGUGAUUUGCCCACAGCCUCCGGUUCUUUGUCCAUUGCUGGUGGCAACAAAACUACUCCCACAGCUAUUGCUGCUGGUGCGGCCGGCGGAACUGGUAACUCAGGAGGAAAUGGUGGGGCCGCAGGCGGCAGUGGUCCAUCAUCUCCUAUGUCCGAUGCAGAUGCCGACUUACAAGCUCGUCUGGAUAAACUAAGACGAGAUUAAGUUCAUUUUCACGUUGUAAAGAUAGAUAAUUAACAAACUUUUUUUGAGAAUUUUAACUGUGUUUUGAUAUUGAUCACCUGCAUAUAACCAAUAAAUAUAUAAACCGCUAAGCAUAGGGCAACUACACCACAUGUA